CGUAGGCGUAGCUGUAGUGUAGGAAGGAGUUGUUGGUAAGGGAGUUCAUUGAUCGGAUGAGCCCUGGCCAGUUUUACCUGUGAAAAGCUGUGGAUGGCAUGGAACACAAUUAUCAGGAGCUGCCUUUAGAAGAAAGCAUGGGCGAACCUUCACAAACAGAACAGGUUCCUAAGAACAUCUCAAGCACACAGCCUCAUGAAGAAGAUCCAGUGCUAUCCAAUGGACGUCAGACACAAUAUGCAUCUACAACGGAGAAUGGGGGAACGUACUUUGAUGAAAGGAUUCCAAUCCCAGACCAAGAAAAUUAUGCAUUCAGUUUCCGUAAGUUAUGGGCUUUCACCGGGCCUGGUUUUCUGAUGAGUAUCGCUUACCUGGAUCCUGGUAACAUAGAGUCUGAUCUACAGUCUGGAUUUGUCGCAAAGUUCAACUUGCUAUGGAUACUAAUGUUUGCCACCCUCCUGGGUCUGCUGCUCCAGCGACUGGCGGCCAGACUGGGCGUGGUCACCGGUAUGCACCUGGCGGAGGUGUGUUACCGGGAGUAUCCCAAGUACCCUCGGAUCUUUCUCUGGAUCAUGGUGGAGAUUGCAAUCAUAGGUUCGGACAUGCAAGAGGUGAUCGGAACGGCCAUUGCAUUCUAUCUGCUCUCUAAUGGAAAAAUCCCUCUUUAUGCAGGUGUCCUGAUAACUAUCACAGACACAUUUGUCUUCUUGUUUCUAGACAAAUAUGGUCUACGUAAACUAGAAGCCUUCUUUGCAUUCUUGAUAACAGUAAUGGCAUUUACCUUUGGCUAUGAGUAUAUUGCUGCAGCUCCAAAUCAGGUUGAGGUUCUGAGAGGGAUGUUUGUGCCAUCGUGCGGGGACUGCGGAGAGGAGGAGAUCCUCCAAGCUGUCGGGAUCAUCGGGGCCAUCAUCAUGCCUCAUAAUAUAUACCUGCAUUCAGCUCUAGUCAAGUCACGAGAUGUGGACAGAACUAAGAAAGAGGCUGUAAAAGAGGCUAACAAAUACUAUUUCAUCGAGGCUAGUAUCGCUCUCCUGGUUUCCUUCAUCAUCAACCUUUUCGUUGUCUCCGUCUUCGCAGAAGGACUUCAUGAUAAAACAAAUGCACAAGUGCAUAACAAGUGUGUGGAGCACAAUCUUAAUAUGUAUAUAGAUGUAUUCCCAGAUAACAACUCGCUGGUUGAGAGUGUCGAUUUAUACAGAGGGGGUGUGUUUUUAGGUUGUCAGUACGGUGCUGCUGCCCUAUACAUUUGGGCUGUUGGGAUCCUGGCAUCAGGUCAAAGUUCAACGAUGACUGGUACUUACGCAGGGCAGUUUGCAAUGGAGGGCUUUUUAAAUCUGAAAUGGUCCCGAUGGAGGCGGAUCAUUUUGACCCGGUCGAUCGCCAUCUGUCCAACCCUCUUCUUAGCCAUCUUCAGUGGUAUAGAUGACCUCACCGGAAUGAAUGACCUACUUAAUGUUCUGAUGAGCUUACAGCUUCCAUUUGCAUUAAUACCGAUCCUGACAUUCACCAGCAGCAAGCCUAUUAUGGAUUCAUAUAAAAAUAAUCUCGUAUCAAUUAUAGCAUGUGGCUUGUUAGCCAUAACGGUGAUCGGUAUCAACAUCUAUUUUGUAGCCGUCUUCCUACCCCAACUGCCACAUCACUGGGCGAUGUACCUCUUAGAAGCCAUUAUUUUGGUGAUCUACUUUGCUUUUAUAUUUUACCUGGUUGCCUUCUUUGCACAAAUGUUCGGAUGCAAAUUUCCUCCAUCAAUACAGGGAUUGUUCACUGGCCCAAACACGUCUUUCAUUUCGGAUCAGUCGGAGGCCCAAGAAUCUUCGGCUUUAUUGUCUUCAUCAAUGUGAUAAUGAUCAUCCGCUUUACCAUCAUCAUCUGCUUCAUCCAUCAGCUUUCUUGAAAAUCACCUCAUGCUUUCGCUAUUCAUUGCUUUUCACCGACUUGGUGUAUUGCACCUGCCCCAUCAGUAUCCAUGAAAAUCACCUUACGGUUCCUUCGUCGUUUAUAGCUUUUUACAAUCUUCAUGGUGCAUUAGUCUUUUGGGUGACCAUAUAUGGAUUGUCACCAAUAAACACCUAUCUGAGAGAGAGACUCGCCCCCAUCAGUAUUCGUGAAAAUCACCUUGUGCCUUCGUCACUGCCCAUUGUUUUCACUGAUGGUUCGUUGUAGUAUUUUACAUGGUUGUACUGCCUGGAUGUAUUCAGAUUGUCAUCUUUGACUGGGAAUUUUUAUCUCCAGUCAAUGCCUUUGACUGUGCAUGUAUGCCGCUAUCGUCAGUUGACGUCAAUUAAUGUACAUAAAAUCCAUAGAGCUGCAAUUCAUCUCACCCUUUAUUAUGUAUAUAAUGAAUUCAAUUGCGGUUAUUCACAUGAAAAGCAGUACUACGGUCUCACAUUGUUCUCUCUUG